AUGCCUGUUUUUCAGGCAAAAACAUUCCGGCGUGCGACAACAGCCUCAUCAUCGCUGGGAGAACGGGUCGGCGCAGCAUAUAGAGGAAGCCUACCGAAGCAUCCUUUUCUACUCUUUGGUCUUCCAUUUAUCAUGAUCAUUGUGGCGGGGUCUUUCGCCUUAACACCAGCCGCUGCUUUAAGAUAUGAAAGAUAUGACCGAAAAGUGAAGCAACUCACACAAGAGGAGGCUAUGGAAUUGGGGCUCAAAGGGGCAGAUGGUGAAGAGGGAAUUCGGAGAAAUCCACGCAGAAGAGUUCUUGGAGAUGAAAGGGAGGAAUAUUAUCGGCUCAUGGCCAAAGACCUGGAUAAUUGGGAACAAAAACGAGUCCAGAGGUUUAAGGGUGAACCUGAUGGGAGACUUUAA